UGUCUGUCAAGCUUAGCGCGUCAUAUUCGGUCACAUUCUCAUUCAUAUAAUUUCAAUUGUUUAUCAGAAUACUACAGAUAUUUUGCUGUAUCUAAGUUGUCGAGUUUACUGCUGCGAUUAUCAAAUGUUUCAAUUAUAUUCCGGCGAUGACGCUCUAAAUAAGCGCGCUAUUUCAAAUUAUCUUUAAAAUACUUAUAUAGUAAAUAUUUUUAAAUUUUGUAUUUAAAAAAAGUGCUAUUAAAUGUGGAUUUGGUGUCAAUAGGAUUAAGGAUAAUAUAAUAAAAGCAUCAUUGCGUAUGACAAUGACCAUAUCGAAAAGAUGGUACCGUUCGCGGAGGAAUCAAAUAAUCAUCAUAAUUGUUAUAGUAUUUAUUAUAUUAUACUAUAUAUCUUUGAAUGACAGUCUACAUACGGAACCAGACCUCGACGUUACCCGGCGAAAAUCUGUUAUCGAGUUUAUUGAAAGACGUUUAGAACAAGCGCUUAAACAGGACAAGGGAACGGGAUGUCAGAUACCGAGGUUAGAUCCCUUUUCAAAAGAAGUAACGCAGUUUGAUAAGGAGAUGCCGAAAGUUGUAUGUCAAGGAAGGGAUUGGGUGAAGUGCUAUCAUUCUCAAUGCAAAGUCGUACCUGAAAUAUUAGAUACGAUGAAGAACAUCGUCUGUAUGUAUAGUGAUAUUAUAUACGAGAGCGAUCAAAAAUAUACAAUAGGCGAGCCGUUUGAAGUUUACGGAGGUGAUGCGUAUAUACUCAGUAAAAGUGACCAUGUUAAAAUUAAGUGCACCGGGAAACAUAAAGACAGUAUUCUACCAUCAAAAUGGAUAGGUCAUAGUCUUGGAUUUCGCUCCUCGGUCCAUCCGAAGAAACCUCCACCAGGCAGGGAAGAUUCAUUCAACGUUCUCAUCCUUGGAUUCGAUUCGACUUCCAAGAAUGGUUUCAUCAGGCGUAUGCCGAAGAGUUAUAAGAUUUUGACAGAAAAACUUGAAGCCACCGUGUUGAAUGGUUACAACAUAGUUGGCGACGGUACACCGGCUGCCUUAUUUCCGAUAUUAACCGGUAAAACCGAAUUGGAACUACCGGAUGUUAGGAGGAAGAUGAACAAUGCAACUUUAGAUUCAAUGCCUUUUAUAUUUAAAAAACUAAAAGAAGAUGGGUAUCGUACAGCGUAUUUCGAAGAUAUGCCCUGGAUCGGCACCUUUCAGUACCGCUUCAACGGUUUCCAGCACCAGCCCGCAGAUCAUUAUCUCAGAGCGUUUUAUCUCGAAGAAUCUCAUAGCGGUAAGAAAUGGAUGAGCAACAAGAUCAAAUACUGCGUGGGAGACACGCCACAAUAUAAAGUAAUGCUUAAUAUCACUGAUCAGUUUCUACGUCUUGAUGGUAAACGAUAUUGUUUCACCUUUAUAGCUGACAUAACUCAUGAUGACUUCAACAUGAUAUCAACCGCUGAUGACGAUACAGCCGACUUCCUCAUUAACUUCCUGAAAUCGGGAAUGGGGAAGGAUACAUUGCUGAUGGUCAUGGGCGACCAUGGACCUAGAUACGCAAAAGUACGUGAUACCCUCCAAGGGAAGCUCGAAGAGAGAUUACCUUUAAUGGCGAUUAGAUUGCCGGACUCUCUGAGAAUAAGGCAUUCAAAAAUUCAGGAAAACCUUGAAAACAAUGCAGAAGUACUGACAACCCCCCAUGACAUACACGCGACGGUGCUGGAUGUUCUGGAUUUGAGGAAAUAUUGGAAUCCAUACAAGGUUUCUGGCGCAGAUUUGACGAGAGGGCUCAGUCUUCUAGAACCUAUAACACAGAAUCGGUCGUGCAGCGAGGCGGGGGUGGAGCCGCACUGGUGCUCGUGCGUCUCGUGGGAGGCCGUCCCGCCGCGCAGCGAGCGACACGCGGCCGCCGCGCGCGCCCUGCUGCAGCACAUCAACGCGCUCACCGACACCACGCGGUCUAAGUGCGUCGCUCGCACUCUCAAGUCAGUGCCGUGGGUGAUGAAGCAGGUCGCCAACAACGGCGUGCUUACGUUUGUGGAGGCGAAGGACACGGACGGGUACGUGGGCAGGUUCGGUGCCCGGGUCAAGCAGGAAAGGGAGAACUACCAAGUUAAGAUUGAAGUGGGCCCAGGUCACGGUGUAUACGAAGCGUCGAUGUCGUACGUCGUGAAGGAAGAUAGAUAUGAAAUCAACACCAGGGAUAUAUCGCGGACGAACGCUUAUAGCAACGAGCCGGACUGUAUAAGCGCGACACACCCGCACCUCAACAAGUAUUGUUACUGCCGCGACCAUAUACAGUAACGCUGCAGUAAGACCUGCUAAGAUGCAAAUUCGCAUGUCUGGGUACCGCUUUACAUGUUUUAACUCGUGUAGAUUUAUUUCGUAAACUUUAAUCACCAUUAAGUUUUAAGUUAAUGCGCUCUUUGAUUAUUUUUGUUUGUAUUUUUUUUUAAUUUAUAAGGUACACAUGAAAACAUUGUUAUUAUUUUAAGAUAUAAACCAAAAACAAACUACAUUAUAUAGGAUGAAUUUUUCAAGGACAAUAAUAGAAAAA